GAGUGGCGGUAGUUAGCAUUUAGCGUGCCAACAGUAUUGUCUGCGCUCUCCUGGAGGGGCAACCUGUGUUGUUUGUGUGAUGUUUGGGUGAAAAUAAAACUUCUCGAGUUGCAAGCAUGGCACUUUCGAUGGAAACGCAGCUGCAGAGCAUUUUUGAGGAUGUUGUGAAAACUGAGAUAAUAGAAGAGGCCUUUGCUGGCAUGUUCAUGGACACUCCAGAGGAUGAAAGGACUAAACUGAUCAGUUGUCUCGGAGCCUUCAGACAAUACUGGGGAACACUGCCACAGGAGUCUCAUGAGCAGUGUGUUCAGUGGAUUGUGCGGUUUAUACACAGUCAGCACAGUCCCAAAAGGAUCUCCUUCCUGUACGACUGUCUAGCGAUGGCUGUGGAGACGAGCCUACUGCCGCCAAGGAUGGUAUGUGUUGCUCUGAUAAGCUCAGACAGUUUGGAGUGGGAAAGGACUCAACUGUGGGCCUUAACUUUCAAACUGAUCCGCAAAAUCAUUGGAGGGGUGGACUACAAGGGUGUUCGUGAUUUACUGAAAGCUGUCCUGGAUAAAAUACAAACCAUCCCCACCUUUGUCAGCUCAGCUAUAGUGCAGCAGCUUCUGGCUGCCAGAGAGGUGGUGGAAUAUAUUCUGGACAGAAAUGCUUGCCUCCUGCCAGCCUACUUCGCUGUCACAGAAAUCAGAAAGCUGUAUCCAGAGGGACAACUUGCACACUGGCUUUUAGGCAGUUUGAUAUCAGAUUUUGUGGACAGCUUCAGACCAACAGCUAGAAUCAACUCUAUAUGUGGACGAUGUAGUCUCUUACCAGUAGUGAAUAACAGCGGAGCCAUCUGUAACUCCUGGAAAUUAGACCCCACAACUCUCCGCUUCCUCUUGAGGGGCAUGCUGCCUUUUGACAAGGACCUGUUUGAGCCACAGACGGGCUUACUCCGCUACGUGCUAGAGCAGCCGUACUCCAGAGAGAUGGUGUGCAACAUGUUAGGACUCAACAAACAGACUCUGAACAUUGCCCAGCAAAAACAGCGUUGCCCGGUGCUGGAGGAGCAGCUGGUGGACCUGGUUGUGUACGCCAUGGAGCGCUCUGAGACCGAGGAGCAUUUUGACGCUGAUGUCGGAGGAACUAGCCAGUUGCUGUGGCAGCACCUCUCCUCCCAGCUUAUUUUCUUUGUGUUAUUUCAGUUUGCAAGCUUCCCUCACAUGGUGCUGUCAUUACAUCAGAAGCUUGCAGGUAGAGGCCUUAUUAAAGGGAGAGAUCACCUGAUGUGGGUCCUGCUGCAGUUCAUAUCAGGCAGCAUUCAGAAGAACGCCUUAGCUGACUUCUUGCCAGUUAUGAAGCUUUUUGACCUGCUUUAUCCAGAGAAAGAGUGCAUUCCAGUUCCUGACAUUAACAAGCCCCAGUCCACCCAUUCCUUCGCCAUGACCUGCAUCUGGAUCCACCUAAACCGCAAAGCUCAGAACGACAACUCCAAGCUACAGAUACCCAUACCGCACUCCCUGAAACUACACCAUGAGUUUCUCCAGCAGUCACUGCGUAAUAAGACCCUGGGCAUGUCUGAUUAUAAAAUCGCCCUGCUGUGCAAUGCCUACAGCACCAACUCUGAGUGCUUUACUCUGCCAAUGGGUGUCCUGGUAGAGACCAUUUAUGGAAAUGGGUCAAUGAGGAUCAACCUGCCAGGCACCAGCUGCAUGGCAUCGGGAUCGGUCACGCCGCUGCCCAUGAAUCUGCUGGAUUCACUCACUGUACAUGCAAAGAUGAGUUUGAUCCAUAGCAUCGCCACACGCGUGAUCAAGUUGGCUCACGCCAAGUCCAGCGUUGCUCUGGCCCCCGCGCUGGUGGAAACGUACAGCAGGCUGUUGGUCUACAUGGAAAUUGAAUCUCUUGGCAUCAAGGGAUUUAUUAGCCAGUUGUUGCCAAACGUGUUUAAAUCUCAUGCGUGGGGAAUUCUUCACACAUUACUGGAGAUGUUCAGCUACAGGAUGCACCACAUCCAGCCGCACUACAGAGUCCAACUACUGAGUCAUCUGCACAGCCUGGCUGCCGUUCCACAGACCAACCAGAACCAGCUGCAUCUAUGUGUUGAGAGCACAGCUCUGCGGUUGAUCACAGCUUUGGGGAGUUCAGAAGUGCAGCCCCAGUUCACCCGUUUCCUCAGUGACCCAAAAACAGUUCUGUCAGCCGAGUCUGAGGAACUGAACCGCGCCUUGAUCCUCACACUGGCCAGAGCCACGCAUGUCACUGAUUUUUUCACAGGAUCUGACUCCAUCCAAGGUACUUGGUGUAAAGACAUUCUCCAAACCAUCAUGAACUUCACACCUCACAACUGGGCCUCACACACACUUUCCUGCUUCCCAGCGCCGCUACAGGCGUUUUUCAAGCAGAACAACGUUCCCCAGGAGUCUCGUUUUAACCUGAAGAAGAAUGUGGAAGAGGAGUACAGGAAGUGGAAGUCAAUGGCCAACGAGAAUGAUAUCAUCACCCACUUCUCCAUGCAGGGCUCCCCUCCAUUGUUCCUCUGUCUGCUGUGGAAGAUGCUGCUGGAGACGGACCACAUAAACCAGAUAGGCUUUAGGGUCUUGGAACGUAUUGGAGCUCGUGCACUGGUGGCUCACGUACGCACAUUUGCAGACUUUCUGGUCUAUGAGUUCUCAACGUCUGCUGGGGGACAACAGCUCAAUAAGUGCAUUGAAAUACUCAAUGACAUGGUCUGGAAAUACAACAUCGUCACAUUGGAUAGACUCAUUUUAUGUCUGGCAAUGCGCAGCCACGAGGGAAACGAGGCUCAGGUUUGCUACUUCAUAAUCCAGCUCCUUCUGCUGAAGCCAAACGACUUCAGGAACAGAGUCAGUGAUUUUGUGAAGGAGAACGCCCCCGAGCACUGGCUGCAGAGUGACUGGCACAACAAGCACAUGAACUACCACAAGAAAUAUCCAGAGAAGUUGUACUUUGAGGGUCUUGCAGACCAAGUCAACCCUCCCAUGCAGCUCCAGCCUCAAUACCUGCCAAUCUACUUUGGCAACGUGUGUCUGCGCUUCCUGCCGGUCUUUGACAUCGUCAUCCACCGCUUCCUGGAGCUUCUCCCGGUCUCCAAAUCUCUGGAAACGCUGCUGGAUCAUCUGGGAGGACUGUACAAGUUUCAUGACCGCCCAGUCACAUACCUGUACAACACGCUUCACUACUAUGAACGGCAUCUGAGAGACAGAACCAACCUGAAGAGGAAACUGGUGCAUGCCAUCAUGUCUUCACUGAAGGAAAAUCGUACUCCAGGUUGGUGUUUGAGUGAAACUUACUUGAAGUGUGGCAUGAACCCCAGAGAGGAUAACGUAUGGGUCCCCGAUGACACCUACUACUGCAAGCUGAUUGGCCGCCUUGUGGACACCAUGGCAGGAAAAUCACCCGGUCCCUUCCCGAACUGUGACUGGAGGUUUAAUGAGUUCCCCAACCCUGCAGCUCACGCCCUGCAUGUUACCUGUGUGGAGCUGAUGGCUCUGGCCGUGCCGGGCAAAGAUGUCGGCAAUGCUUUGCUCAAUGUUGUGCUGAAGAGUCAACCUCUAGUCCCCAGAGAGAACAUCACAGCUUGGAUGAAUGCCAUUGGACUUGUGAUCACUGCACUUCCUGAACCCUACUGGAUCGUCCUCCAUGAUCGCAUCGUAUCUGUGAUCAGCUCUCCAGCGCUGACAUCAGAGACAGAGUGGGCAGGUUAUCCCUUUGCCUUACUGGACUUCACAGCCUGCCACCAAAGCUACAGUGAGAUGAACUGCAGCUACGUUCUAGCGUUAGCACACGCUGUCUGGCACCACUCAUCCAUCGGACAGCUGUCUCUGAUUCCCAAAUUCUUGUCAGAGACGCUGAAGCCCAUCGUCCAGACAGAGUUCCAGUUACUUUACGUGUAUCACCUGGUGGGGCCGUUCCUGCAGCGCUUCCAGCAAGAAAGGACUCGAUGCAUGCUGGAGAUUGGUGUGGCCUUCUAUGAGAUGCUGCAGGCUGUCGACCAACACAGCCAACAUCUCAGCUACAUGGACCCAAUCUGUGAUUUCCUCUAUCACAUUAAAUACAUGUACACUGGAGACAGUGUGAAGGACCAGGUGGAGAAAAUCAUCAUGACUUUACGUCCGGCCAUGAAGCUGCGUCUGCGAUUCAUCACACACAGCAGCAUGACAGACACCUCAUCAUCAGCUGCCACUGCCGUUGCCUCCACAUCUUCUGCCUCAUCUUCCUCAUCCUCCUCCAGCACCCCUCAGCCUCCUUCCUCCUCACUUCCCUCCUCAAACACCACCGGGUCUCCCUCCUCCUCACAGCACACACACACACCUAUGUAGAUGGAUUUUCAUGAGCAGUUACAAUAAAAUCAUGUUGGUGGACUUGAACAGAGUUACAACCUGAUAUUUUGUUUGUCAAUCUUGGCAUGAAAUUUUGUAAUUAUUGUCUUUACAAGCAUAACCUUUGGAGUGUAAGCUGCAUGAAGUUAUUGCUAAAUAAAAAUAAAGUUUACAUGUCUGGAAAACUAAAUGAAACGUUUUGACAGAAUUCAGAGGAGCCAAUAUUUUUAGAAAAUAUCUUAAAUAUUCUAAAUCAAACCUAAUGAAUUAUCGGAGCAAGCAAAUGUAAAAUAAGCAGCUCAGAGUUUGAGUCUGUCAGGAAGCUCACAAGCAUUUCUUGUUGCUAUCGUAGUAUCUUUAUGUUUUGUAUACAUGUUUCUAUUGUACAUUAUUAUUACUUUAUUAAAUACCUGGGUAUUUUUUAUUUUUUUUACCCCCAAAAUAAACACAAACUGUUUUUAUGCAAAUUGUCUUCACAGUAAAUCAAGCUCUGCCUUUCUUCUCAUCUAACUUUCAGUAUUUUGAAAUGGUUUCUAUAUAAAAAUGUCCUCAAAAAUUAGCGUUUAAAAAGCAUGCAAUGAUAAAGAUCAAAAUUUUUUCUUCUUUGGAUUGUUUUGUCUUUUAAAAAAUGCCACGUUUUUAUUCUGCAGCUUGUUGUUUGGCUGAGUGAAAAUACUAAAGUGUCAGUUCAGCUUACGUGUGUAUUUCUCUUUGCAGAAAAAUAGCCUUUAAUGAGGUGAGUUGCACUCAAGCAGGUCAUCACCUUGUCUGCUCGGAUUGUGAGAGCGCUGGACUAACCCUAUGUGUCGUACUAAAUGUAACAUGAAACCUGUUAGCCUGACACCAGCAGGGGGAGUCCAGCAUUUAUGUCAACUCUUUUUAUUUUUUUUAACUAGUUUAAACUCUUGGUCAACA